AUGUCCUUUACCUUAAACAUGUCAUCCUCUUCCACCACCACCUUAACCGUAACAGCAGUUCUUCUCCUCUGUAUGUCGUCUAUGCUGAUCAGAGGAUCAACAGGUCAGUUGGAUGCUAAUUUUUACGCAGAUACGUGUCCCGACGUACUCGACAUCGUCGAAGAUGCCAUCGAACAAGCGUUACAAACAGACCCCAGAAUCGGUGCCAGUCUCAUUCGACUUCAUUUCCAUGAUUGCUUUAUCAAUGGUUGUGAUGGAUCAAAUCUGUUGGACAACAGCGACACUAUAAAAAGUGAGAAAGAUGCCCUUCCCAAUUUGAACUCGGCUAGAGGAUUUGACGUUGUUGACAACAUCAAGGCUGCUUUAGAGAAUGAAUGCCCUGGUGUAGUCUCUUGUGCAGACAUUCUCGCCAUUGCAUCUGAAGCAUCGGUUGUCUUGGCAGGAGGUCCUUCAUGGUCGGUUCUUCUAGGAAGAAGGGAUAGUACAACCGCAAACCAGAGUGCAGCCAAUACCACUAUCCCAGCUCCAACAGAUAGCCUAACUGUGCUCAAGGCUAAGUUCGCAGACCGAGGCCUAAACACCAAUGAUCUUGUUGCAUUGUCCGGUGCCCACACAUUUGGACGUGCCCACUGUAGGGUUUCCAUUAAUCGGCUCUACAAUUUCAAUGGUACAGGCAAUCCUGACCCGACUCUCAACUCAACUUACUUGAAGACUCUUCAACAGAUCUGCCCACAAGGUGGAAACGGGUCUACCCUAACCAACUUAGACCCGACCACACCCGAUGGAUUUGAUAAUCACUAUUACUCUAACCUUAAAACAAACCAAGGUCUACUCCAAAGUGAUCAAGAAUUGUUUUCAACUCCGGAUGCAGAUACCAUCUCUAUCGUUGAGAGCUUCAGCAGAAAUCAACACAAAUUCUUUAAAAAAUUUGUUAAAUCUAUGAUAAGAAUGGGAAAUAUCAGCCCGUUAACGGGUUGCGAAGGAGAGAUCCGAUUGAAUUGCAGUAGUGUUAAUAAUGGAGAUUCAUCAUUUGGGUCAGAUAAUAUGUUAAUUAGCUCCAGUUGAUG